CCAGGCUUUCCUUCACAGUCACUCCUGCAGAUCUGUGUUCGACCAUGUCCAUAUGCAACAAUAUAAAAACCCUGCUCUUCAAUAAAUAGUCAUCUCCUUUCCUAGUCCAGAUCCAUGUAUAUUUGGUCCCCAAUGGCUAGAACAGUGCUGCCCAAAUCUGUUUUUAUGUUCAUGAUCAUAUGCUUCAUCUUUUUCGCCGUCGAUGGAAACCCAUUUGGGUCCUCCUCCAAGAUCCAUGGUCCAGCUACAACUGGCUACAAAGAGGAAAAGCUAAGUCACUUUCGUGUCUACUGGCAUGACAUUGCUAGUGGCCGUAACCCCACAGCAGUACCAGUUGCAGCGGCGGCAACCACGAACAAAUCAGCCACUGGAUUUGGCGGCGUGAUUGUGAUCGAUGAUCCAUUGACAGAAGGGCCAGAAUUGAGUUCGAAGCUUGUUGGAAAAGCACAAGGGCUGUAUACCUUAGCAUCACAAAAUGAUGUGAGCUUGUUAAUGGCCAUGAACUUUGCUUUCAUGGAAGGGAAGUACAAUGGAAGCUCCAUAACUAUACUGGGAAGAAACUCAGUGUUCUUGAAAGUGAGAGAGAUGCCGGUGAUCGGAGGGAGUGGACUAUUCCGAUUUGCUAGAGGGUAUGUACAGGCCAGUACUUACAAGUUCAAUCCUAGAACAGGAGAUGCCAUUGUUGAGUAUAAUGUCUUCGUCUUUCAUUAUUGAAACCUUUAGUGGAGCUUCUUAAUUUUUCAUUAUCUUUCUUUUCUUUGUUGAGGCAAUCAUGAGUUGGGAGUUAUUUAAUGUGGCUGCAAUGAACCCUCAUGUUUAACUUCUUUUGAGCCCAAUUAAUGUGUAACUUGUUAUUAUUAAGGCAAUUUCUCUACUUAGUUCAA